AUGAUACACACGCGCCAAUGGAAGAGCGUUCACUCCCUCAAGUCCACGAUGGAUGAGUUGAUUGUUGUUCCUGGGCAUGGAGUGACCGAUGCCCAACUGGUUAACCUCUUCUAUCGUGCCGUGCCUGAGAAUAUUCAGGGACAUUUCUUCGAGAAGAAGAAUCAGCAAGGUAUGACAUACAAUGUUCUUAGCAGGGAGGCAGUCACAUUUGCCGCCCAAGCGUCGCCAGUUACCACGUUCUGGCAUAAAGAUUUGUCUAAGGGAAAAAUGUGGAAGGGGCGCACCAUCUCCGACCAAAUUAAGGCCAAAGAUAGUUUGAUACUAACAAGGGAGGGAGGUGGCGCAGACGAGGUUCCCUACUUUGACAUUGAGUGGGGACUAGAGGAGGAGGACAGCGGCGCAGGCCAAGGGAGAACUUAUGCUGCUAUCGCGACUGGAGGGAGGCCGCAAGGAGGAGGACAAGGUCUGGCCGGAAUGGCCGGGCCCCAGGUGGCUGAGGACAGGGUGGCUAGGGGGUUGGCGACAAUGAAAACCGCCAAGUGGGAGGAAGGGGAGGUCCCCCUCUACAAGAUGUCUCCCAAGGAGCUAGAGGAGCUUCGCAUGCAGUUAGACGAGCCCCUAGAGAAAGGAUGGAUAAGGCCUAGUACAUCACCUUUCGGCGCACCUGUUCUAUUUGUCCCAAAGGAGGAGGGAGAACCACGCAUGUGUAUAGACUACAGGGGACUGAAUGCCAUCACAAUCAAGAAUGCAGAGCCGCUGCCUCGCAUAGAUGACCUGUUAGAUCGAGUACAGGGCUGCAAGUACUUCUCAAAGGUAGAUCUGAAGUCAGGUUACCAUCAGAUAGAGGUCCACCUUGACGAUCAGUACAAGACAACGUUCAGGACGAGAUAUGGGCAUUACGUGUUCAUAGUGUUGCCGUUUGGACUAACUAAUGCACCGACCACAUUUCAGUGUUGCAUGAACGACUUGUUUAGGCCAUGGUUAGAUAGGUUCGUCGUACUCUAUUUAGACGAUAUCCUAAUGUUCAGCAAGACCCUCAAGGAGCACGAGGGCCAUCUGGGGCAGAUUUUAGGCAAGCUAAGCGAGUCUAACUUCAAGAUUAACCCGAAGAAGUGCGAAUGGGCCAAGACAGACGUCCUUUGCCUAGGCCAUGUAUUAGACGGAGACGGUAUUCGGCCUGAGGACAAUAAGAUAACAUCUAUUAGAGAUUGGCCGACCUCGCGGACACUGACAGAGUUACGCUCGUUCCUCGGGUUGGCUAACUACUACAGGAAGUUUGUAAGGAACUUCUCCACGAUUGCUGCUCCCCUUCGUAGAUUACUGAAGAAAGAGACAAUUUGGAAGUGGGACCAGGAUUGCACGUCAACCUUCAAGAAAUUAACGAAGGCCUUAAUAGAGUACCCUGUCCUCAAAGUUGCUGAUCCGUCACUGCCAUUUGUUGUCACCACAGACGCUAGUCAGUAUGGCAUAGGCGCCGUUUUGCAGCAAGAUGACGGCAACGGUUAUAGACCCGUAGAGUUCAUGUCAGCCAGGAUGCCCUAAAAAAAGGUAGCAGCAUCGACAUACGAGAGGGAACUCUACGCUCUUAGGCAGGCCUUAGAUCAUUGGAAGCACUACCUUCUUGGGAGGCACUUCAAGGUAUAUUCAGAUCAUGAGACUUUUAGAUGGCUAAAGACCCAAGCCAAGAUGACACCCAAGUUAACUAGAUGGGCUGCUGAAAUAGACCAAUAUGACUUUGAGCUAAAACCCAUUAAAGGCAAGUAUAACAUGGUAGUUGACGCCCUAAACAGGAGAGCGGACUAUUUUGGCGCGAUAGUACACUAUCUAGACAUAGGGGCCGAUCUGCAGCAGAAAGUGGGAGAUUCCUACGCACAGGACCCAAUCUAUAGUGAGCUACUGAAGAUAGUAAAAGAAGCCCCAGAUA